AUGAUAAAUCAGACGCUGACCCAAGAACACAUCAUCGUCCUCCGACCAGCAGACUCCUCCUCUGACAAGACGGGCAACCUUUUCCCGUAUUCUGCUAGCAGCUCUCCUCAGGAUGCUGACAUGAACGACAGACCGGUGGGACUUAUGGUAGGACAGGAAUCGGAAGGAUUCCAAUUCAAAGGAUCUCGGAAAUGCCUACCUGCGACGAUCAAUAGAGACCGAAUAAGGCGGACUGUUUUUGGCUUGGAGUAUUUCUCGCGGUUUUUGAAAGAUGAACGCAAGAAAGAGUUUUAUGCAUGGAAGUGGAACUAAGUGCACGAUUCUUGAAUGCGCCAUCGCCAAGUAGCUCUGGAGUCCGUCCCCAGGCAGCCAAAGCGCCUCCACACGGCCCAACGCUGAAGUGUUCC